AUGUAUGGGUAUUUUGGGGACGUCACUGAGGUGAGCCAAUACCAAGACCUACUCGAAGGGCUCAUAGACGCGGUAGAGAGCCUCGGCCCAUUUGACGGCAUCAUGGGGUUUUCCGAAGGGGGCAUCGUUGGUGCUACUCUGCUCCUUGAGGAUGCCCGACGACCUUUUGCGAAUUUCAAGUGCGGCAUAUUCUUCAGCGCGGCGCCUCCUCUGGACCCAGACGCCCUCCGGGAUGGCAUCAUCGGAUGUCUUGAUCCGACAGCGGAUGCAGCAGCACUGAGCCAUGUUCCCACAGCUCACAUCUACUCACACGUAAAGGAUACAACAGGCAGUGGCAUUGCCAAUGUGCAGUCGCCCCUGCAUGGGCUCUGGGUCGAAGCCGGAUGGGGUACGCCGGAACAGCUACAUGGCUCCCUGUCGCGGAUUUGUGGCAAAUCCGAGGUUUUCGUACAUGAUCAUGGGCAUCGGGUGCCUGGGUCAACGGACCCUCAGGGCCUGAGGGGGGCACUUCGGGCAAUUGAUCGCACCAUUAAGAGUGCUACAGGGGGGUAG